CACACUCACCCUUCAGCAAUAGCUUUCAUGUCAAUGGCUAGUGAAUCGCUGAGCCCCGUCAUCGCCAACUUCUUUACGGCUAGCUCCCAUGGGGCCGACGCCGUUAGUGACGUUGAGCUUCGGUCUUUCCAAGCCUCUGCGCAGGGCCAGACUCCCCAUCUGCUCUUUAUCGGCUGUUCCGACUCACGAGUCCCAGAGUCCACCGUCUUCUUCUCCGAACCGGGUGAUAUUUUCGUCCACCGCAACAUCGCUAACCAAUUCCACACAGAUGACGACAACGCGCUCUCCGUCCUGACCUAUGGCUUGCAAGCUCUCCAAAUCCCAAACGUUAUCGUCCUCGGCCAUACUGACUGCGGCGGCGCAAAAUUCAGCUACGAAGCUGCGAACGCGGACCCCGUGCCCCCCACAACGCCGCUUGAGCGCUGGCUCGCGCCCCUCACUACGCUCGCUGGCACCCUCCCUGGCGCUAUCCCCAGACCUCCUCCGGGCACCUCCGAGUACGAACGCGAGUUCCGGCUGGUCAUCGACGAGAACGUCAAGGCGCAGGUCGGCUAUGUCGAGGAGAUCGUCCGCGCGUUGGGCCUGCCCUCAACCGUCUGCAUUCAGGGUGGGGUGUAUGAGAUUGAGACGGGCAAGUUGAUCCGCGUCGGCAAGCAAAUCGUUGUUAUCGGUACUGAGGCUGAGACGGCCGUGUGAGCAAGUGCAUGAUGGAUGAUGGUUGUAUAAGCGUUGUCCUUGUUUUAUUUGUUGCACUCUGAUCGUGGAUGGCACGAUGUAGGUAUGGGUAUAGAUUUGUGAUCGCCUCCGC